GAAGUGGGGCCCGGCACUGCGCCCAGCCACCCCCUGCCGGCUUCCCCACGCGAGGACGCGCGCCCCGGCCCAGCCAUGGCCCCCUGGCGCAAAGCGGACAAGGAGCGGCACGGCGUGGCCAUAUACAACUUCCAAGGCAGUGGGGCCCCCCAGCUCUCCCUGCAGAUCGGCGAUGUGGUGCGAAUCCAGGAGACCUGUGAAGACUGGUAUAGGGGAUACCUCUUAAAGCACAAAAUGUUACAGGGCAUUUUUCCUAAAUCCUUUAUCCACAUCAAGGAAGUGACAGUGGAGAAAAGAAGAAAUACUGAGAACAUCAUUCCCGCAGAAAUUCCUCUGGCACAAGAAGUGACAACGACACUCUGGGAGUGGGGGAGCAUCUGGAAACAGCUCUAUGUGGCCAGCAAAAAGGAGCGUUUCCUCCAGGUCCAGUCCAUGAUGUACGACCUCAUGGAGUGGCGGUCCCAGCUUCUCUCAGGAACUCUGCCCAAGGAUGAGCUGAAGGAGCUGAAGCAGAAAGUCACAUCCAGAAUUGACUAUGGCAACAAAAUCCUUGAGCUCGAUCUGAUUGUUAGAGAUGAAGAUGGAAACAUCUUGGAUCCUGAGAACACCAGCGUCAUCAGCUUGUUCCACGCACACGAAGAGGCGACCGAUAAAAUCACAGAGCGUAUCAAGGAAGAAAUGUCAAAAGACCAGCCCGACUACGGAAUGUAUUCCCGCAUCUCCUCGUCCCCCACUCACAGCCUCUAUGUCUUCGUGAGGAACUUCGUGUGCAGAAUUGGGGAAGAUGCCGAACUCUUCAUGUCUCUCUACGACCCCAACAAGCAGACGGUCAUAAGCGAGAACUACCUGGUGCGAUGGGGCAGCCGGGGCUUCCCGAAGGAGAUCGAGAUGCUCAACAACCUGAAGGUGGUCUUCACGGAUCUUGGAAAUAAAGACCUCAACAGAGAUAAAAUUUACUUGAUUUGCCAAAUAGUCCGAGUUGGGAAGAUGGAUCUUAAGGACACUAACACGAAGAAGUGCACGCAGGGCCUGAGGAGGCCCUUUGGGGUGGCAGUGAUGGACAUAACAGACAUCAUCAAGGGGAAAGCAGAGAGCGAUGAAGAAAAGCAGCACUUCAUUCCUUUCCACCCGGUCACAGCUGAGAAUGACUUCCUACACAGCCUGCUGGGCAAAGUCACAGCCUCCAAGGGGGACAGUGGAGGGCAAGGUCUCUGGGUGACGAUGAAGAUGCUGGUGGGUGACAUCAUUCAGAUCCGCAAGGACUAUCCACACCUAGUGGACAGGACCACCGUGGUGGCCAGGAAGCUGGGCUUCCCAGAGAUCAUCAUGCCAGGGGACGUCAGGAACGACAUCUACAUUACUCUCUUGCAAGGUGACUUUGACAAGUACAACAAGACCACGCAGAGGAACGUGGAAGUGAUCAUGUGUGUGUGCGCGGAGGACGGCAAAGUGCUGCCCAAUGCAAUUUGCGUGGGAGCUGGGGACAAGCCCAUGAAUGAGUAUCACUCUGUUGUGUACUAUCAAGUCAAACAGCCACGCUGGAUGGAAACAGUGAAGGUGGCUGUGCCCAUUGAAGACAUGCAGAGGAUCCAUCUGCGAUUCAUGUUUCGACACCGGUCAUCUCUGGAAUCUAAAGAUAAAGGAGAAAAGAAUUUUGCCAUGUCCUACGUGAAACUGAUGAAAGAAGAUGGGACAACUCUGCAUGAUGGAUGCCAUGACUUGGUUGUCCUCAAGGGGGACAGCAAGAAGAUGGAGGAUGCCAGCGCUUACCUGACUCUUCCUUCUUAUCGACACCACGUGGAAAACAAGGGGGCCACCUUGAGCCGAAGCUCCAGCAGUGUUGGGGGGCUCUCCAUCAGCUCCCGGGAUGUGUUCUCCAUUUCCACUCUGGUGUGCUCCACAAAGCUCACCCAGAAUGUGGGCUUGCUGGGUUUGCUGAAGUGGCGUAUGAAGCCUCAACUGCUACAGGAGAAUUUGGAGAAGUUGAAGAUUGUGGAUGGAGAGGAAGUGGUGAAGUUUCUCCAGGACACGCUGGACGCACUCUUCAACAUCAUGAUGGAGCAUUCUCACAGUAAUGAGUAUGACAUCCUCGUCUUUGAUGCUUUGAUCUACAUUAUAGGGCUCAUUGCAGACCGGAAGUUUCAGCAUUUCAACACGGUUCUGGAGGCCUACAUCCAACAGCAUUUCAGUGCCACCUUGGCUUACAAGAAAUUGAUGACAGUGCUGAAGACUUACUUGGAUACCUCCAGCAGAGGGGAGCAAUGCGAACCGAUCCUAAGAACUCUGAAAGCGUUGGAAUAUGUGUUCAAGUUCAUUGUUCGGUCGAGGACAUUAUUUUCACAGCUUUACGAGGGCAAAGAACAGAUGGAGUUUGAAGAAUCCAUGAGACGGCUCUUUGAAUCCAUCAACAACCUGAUGAAAAGUCAAUAUAAGACCACGAUCCUUUUGCAGGUGGCAGCUUUGAAAUACAUCCCAUCUGUCCUCCAUGAUGUGGAAACCGUCUUUGAUGCGAAGUUACUCAGCCAACUCCUGUACGAGUUCUACACCUGCAUCCCUCCCGUGAAACUCCAGAAGCAGAAAGUGCAGUCCAUGAAUGAGAUAGUCCAGAGCAACCUCUUCAAAAAGCAAGAGUGCCGGGACAUUCUGCUUCCUGUCAUCACCAAGGAGCUGAAGGAGCUGCUGGAACAGAAGGAUGACAUGCAACACCAGGUCCUGGAGAAGAAGUACUGCGUGGAAUUACUCAACAGCAUCCUGGAGGUCCUCAGCUGUCAGGAUGCGGCCUUCACCUACCACCACAUCCAAGAAAUCAUGGUCCAGCUGCUUCGCACGGUGAACCGCACAGUCAUCACGAUGGGCCGGGAUCACGCUCUGAUUAGUCACUUUGUGGCAUGUAUGACAGCCAUCCUAAACCAGAUGGGUGACCAGCACUACUCCUUCUAUAUUGAGACGUUCCAGACCAACUCUGAACUUGUGGACUUCUUGAUGGAGACCUUCAUCAUGUUCAAGGACCUCAUUGGCAAGAACGUGUACCCUGUAGACUGGAUGGCGAUGAGCAUGGUUCAGAACAGGGUCUUCCUGAGAGCAAUCAACAAGUUUGCAGAAACCAUGAACCAGAAGUUCCUGGAGCACACGAACUUCGAGUGCCAGCUGUGGAACAACUAUUUUCAUCUGGCGGUGGCUUUUAUCACUCAGGAUUCUCUGCAGCUGGAGCAGUUCUCGCAUGCCAAGUACAACAAAAUCCUGAAUAAGUACGGGGACAUGCGACGGCUCAUCGGCUUCUCCAUCCGCGAUAUGUGGUACAAGCUCGGCCAGAACAAAAUCUGCUUCAUCCCAGGCAUGGUGGGACCUAUAUUAGAGAUGACACUUAUCCCUGAGGCUGAGCUCCGGAAAGCCACCAUACCAAUCUUCUUCGACAUGAUGCUGUGUGAAUAUCAAAGAAGUGGGGAUUUCAAAAAGGUAAAAAAUGAGGCCAGAAACUCACGCCAGCAUCCCUAAUCCCCAGCCCAUUUC